ACGGGACGGGUGGCGCUGAAGCUGCAGCUCCGGCUCCUGCUGCUGCUGCUGCCGCCGCUGUCCUGGGCCGCGCGGCGCUCGGGGGGCUGCGGGGCUGCGGGACCAGGCGGGACGCGCUGCGCCGUUACUCAGCACGAACCGGCACCGUCGCCCCUGCAGACUAGAAGAUGAAUAAUCUUUCCUUUAGUGAACUGUGUUGCCUCUUCUGUUGUCCGCCGUGCCCGGGGAAAAUUGCAUCCAAACUGGCAUUCUUACCUCCUGAUCCCACAUAUACACUGAUGUGUGAUGAGAGUGGUAGUCGCUGGACUUUACAUCUCUCAGAGAGAGCAGACUGGCAGUAUUCUUCUAGAGAAAAAGAUGCCAUUGAGUGCUUCAUGACUAGAACAAGUAAAGGUAACAGGAUUGCCUGUAUGUUUGUGCGUUGCUCACCUAACGCCAAGUAUACUUUGCUCUUCUCACAUGGAAAUGCUGUUGACCUAGGUCAGAUGAGCAGCUUUUACAUAGGACUGGGUUCACGGAUUAAUUGCAACAUAUUCUCAUAUGAUUAUUCUGGAUAUGGUGCAAGUUCUGGGAAGCCAACAGAGAAGAAUCUGUAUGCUGACAUUGAUGCUGCUUGGGUGGCUCUUAGGACGAGGUACGGAAUCCGCCCUGAAAAUGUGAUUAUAUAUGGGCAGAGUAUAGGAACAGUACCAUCUGUGGAUCUUGCUGCUAGAUAUGAAAGUGCUGCUGUAAUUCUUCAUUCUCCACUGACCUCAGGAAUGCGAGUGGCUUUUCCUGAUACAAAGAAGACUUAUUGCUUUGAUGCAUUCCCAAACAUUGACAAAAUUUCUAAAAUAACAUCUCCUGUGUUAAUAAUCCAUGGGACUGAAGAUGAAGUAAUUGACUUUUCACAUGGCCUAGCGUUAUUUGAGCGUUGCCAGAGACCUGUAGAACCACUGUGGGUAGAAGGAGCGGGCCAUAAUGAUGUGGAACUCUAUGGACAGUACCUUGAAAGAUUAAAACAGUUCGUGUCACAUGAACUGGUAAACUUGUAAUUUUCUUUGUAUAUUUACAUGCAUUUUCAUUUCACUGCAAAACACCUUGAUAAAUACUUAAAACCUGAAGUUUGUGUUUUCAAAUCAUCUUAGUUGCCUUCAUUAAAUGUACAGGUAAUGAUUUGUCAACAUAAUUAAUGAAGGUUUUAAUGUGAUGAUAUGAACUGGAAUUAUAUGGUCAUGCAUUCAAGCUUGGCAGUUCAUAUUACUUUGUGGGGAUUUUUCUUCUUAAAUGUAAAAAAAAUCACAAGUACUGUAUGAAAUUUUAAUUAUAUAAAAUCAAAUGCUGUAAAAGUGUUGCCAAAUGCUUUAGCAUAUCAAAACCAAGUUUAUAAAUAUUUUUUAAACAUCUCAAAAUGUACUGUGACUUACUCUGUUGCACAGGUGUAAAUUAAAGAAGAGACUUCUGAGCAGUUGUUCUGUAAAAAUGUAAUAGCUGUGAAAUUUGAACAAAUACUAAUGUAUGUAAUAAAAACAGACAGUCACUGGAAAUGACCCAUGCCCUGUUAUAGGGGGAGGGUGUCAAAAUUGAUCUCUUUCCUUAUUUUUCUUAUCUUUUGUGCUUAGCUUUACUUUAGUUAUUUUGUUCUUCUGUUGUCCUUUACCAUCCAGGUUAAACAAAUUUACCCAGUCAUCUUUGUAGCAACCCUAAUGUUGCCAAAGUAAUGCCACAAGUUAUCAUUGUUGUAAAGUAAACAUAAUUCACCUGAUACUGAGGCCCCUAAGGUACUACCUUGAAACCAGUAAGGCUUUUAGAACCUAGAAGGCUUUGUGAACAAUGUAGUUUUUACACAUUGUGUAGAGAUGCAAUAUUUCAUUAGAAAGAAUCUGGAAGUUUAUCCAACUUUGUAAUUAACAAUUUGGAAGUUUGCAGUUGUCUGACCAGGCUUACUUUUGGAUGUUUAGUGUAAAAGCUUAUUGCUUUGAGUACUGUAUGGAAAUUUUAGUAAUUGCACCUGAAUGGGGUGCAGGAAGAGGCAAGAAGAGAAUGUUGACAUUUUUCUAUUAACUCAUAGUAAAAUAAACUUUGUAAGUUGCCUUUCCCUCGAAUGCAUUUUGCUUGAAUAAAACUAUGAAAAAUAAACUUAUUUAUAUGUAGCCUAUUUGUAAAAAAAAAAAAAAAAAAAUUCCAACAAUACACACUGUGCUUCUAAUUUUAAGGCCUUAUGUAGUUUAAUUGUUCUACUUGUUUUUUGUGAUUGAUACUAUUGUAUACUUAAAUGUAGCUUAAAAUAUUGUGAAAACUAAUUCGGAUGUUUUGAUUAACAGUAAACAAUAUUCUACACACUUGUUGCUGUUCUUUUUUUUUAAAAGAAAUAGCAAUAGUUGCUCGUGAUACCAAUAUAAUAAUCAACUCCCUACUUACUGUAGGAACUUUGAGAACUAAGCAGUAACCCAUUCUUGUGAAUUAUCGGCACGUGUCUUUAUUAGCAACUGCUGUUCUAAUCCACCUCCCACCACGUCCCAUCUUAUUUCUUUCUGCUGUUCAGCAUAAGGUUUUCUGCUGCACAGCUGCUUAUAAACAUUCUUUUGUAAUGAAUUCAAAUUUAGCUUACUUUGAAAUCAUCAGUGGCUUCUUGUCUUGUGCUCCUUGGUU